UUCCUGUUCGGUGUCAAAAUGUCGGGCAAUAGAAAAAGCCGCUCACUAGCCAACACUUUGGAAACAACUAUAACCACACCGAGCGAGAGGAUUCUUAAAGAAUGUCACAGUCUGUAUAUCGACGACGCAAACGGCCUGGUGAAAAUAGCCUCCAGCCUCGGCCUGAGAUUGCUGCCACCUCGAAAGAAGAUAAUAGUGAUGAUUAUGGGUAAUCACUCUGCGGGGAAAAGCUCCUUUAUUAACUGGUAUGUCGAGGAGCACAUUCAGAAGACAGGCGUCGCCAUAGAAACGCAAGGAUUCACAUUCAUAACCAGCGGCAGGAAACGAGAAUCGCUAACCGGCAAUGCCACGCUGCAUCUUUACCCACAUUUCCGACCACUCCUGGAGUUUAAAGGACUCACGGAUUACUUGUCGGCUGAAAUCUCCACCUCAAAGCAGAAGAAGUUCAGCCUGGUGACGUUUGUGGACACGCCCGGCCUCGUGGACGGAGACAUGGUGUAUCCGUUUGACGUCAACAGCGCCAUCACGUCAUUUGGCGAGCAGGCGGACCUGAUCUUCGUGUUUUUCGACCCGAUGGGCCAGGCGCUGUGUAAGCGAACGCUCAACAUCGUGGAGAAGCUGAGUGAGAAGUGCGGAGACAAAUUACGCUUCUACCUCAGCAAAGCUGACGAGGCAGGACGCGAGACUGACAGGCAGAGAGUCAUGAUGCAGAUAGUUCAAGAGCUUUGCCGCAGACCGGGGCUCAACAAAUGCGGCUUUGAAAUGCCGACCAUAUACAUCCCCAAUCCACAGAGACCGAGCAGGUGCGUGAAUCAGAUCGACGAGGUGUGUGAAACAAUAGAGAAGAGCAUUAACCAGGCGGUGCAGAAGACCUUGGACCAGCUGGAGAAGGACUGUGACCUCAUCGCCUCGUCCAUUAGCGAUAAGCUGGAGCAGGACAGGAAUAACGUGAAAUAUAACAAGAGCAGCCGCUUUAACUCCUUCCUGUGCUGGUUUCUGGCCAUCUUCCUUCCUGCUGUCUUCAUUAUCAGCUUCCUCGUUAAUACGUUUGGACCCGAGGACCUAAGAGCCCUGGUGGGGGAGCAGAUUGCUUCUGCACUCUACAUAAUUAUGGCAGUAGUGCUGUAUCUGUGGGAGUGGAUCCCUGAAGACGGGCAGGUGGUGGCCGUGAUCACCUUCGGCGCGAUGUGCUACUUUUUUCUUUUCCUCGCCAGGUAUUUUGCACGCCAGCACAGUAAAACUUUAAACAAGAAAGAGAAGAAGACUCUUAUGGAGUGCAGUGAAUAUGUUAAGGAUGUCCUGAAAGCCAAAAAGAAGAAACUCUAUGAAGAAUAUUUAAAGCAGUGCGCAGCCGAAUACGACUUCAACUGACGGAGCGACGUGGAAGACUCAUGAGCGAGGGGAAUCUCGUAGCAGGAAACUGUAGCAAACAAAUCUGCAGGGUAAAUCUUAUCACAGUUCACUUUUAUUAAAGGAUAUUUAUUCUAUGUGUAAACAUUAUAGCUCUUAUAUUGUCUUAUAGGGGUCAGUUGUAUGUCCUCUAACUUCACAAAUCACACAAAUACUCAGUGCCUUAGUUUGUUUUUUUUUUUUUUUUUUUUUUUGUGGUUUAACAUGAAUGAACUUAACACCAGCCUGUACGUAAUUUUCCUGCGUCUAUUUACUCCAGCCAGCAGAAUAGUAUUGUUUACAAGUCAAUAAGCUGCACUGAUUCAGUGACUCAAUAGUUUUUUGUUUGUUUUUUUGGAGCCGGAUUUGUAAUAAGGAGGCUUGAAAAGCCGACGUGUAAAUGUGAAGUUCCUAAAGACAGGAUGUGGUUUUUCAGCCACGUAAGAGUUAAACUGUGACUUCUGAUCAAAUCAAGCUGCCUUCCUCACUAUUGCUAUUAACUUUUGAUCAUUUAGGUGUUUUACUGUUCUAUAUGAUAUUAUACUGUGAUUGUAAUCUUAAAGCAAAGACUAGAAUCUAAUAGAAUUUUUUUACUUUGCUUAUUCAUAGGCGAACAUUAUAUAAAAUAAUGUAAAACUGUACUCUGUACACAAUAACCAUAAUGCACAACAGGUAGUAGAGUAACAGUUGAUCUUUUAGAACUAUUACUCGUCACACUGUGUGAGAAGAUCUCGGCCGAACAGCCUGUACGAUAAACGUGUCUUCCACAUCACAUAAUAGGAUAAAGGUCCUCUACUGACCUCAAAGGUUUUAGAUGAGGAAAAAUAUUUGUUUCUCUUUAUUAGCAUGCUUUAUUUGUGUUUUGCCAUUGCUAAUUGCUAAUGUAUUGCUAGGUAGCA